UCUUCUUCUCUCACUUUAGCCAAAUAAGUGAACCCAAAAAAAAAAAAGGGUCACUUUUUCUUCAUAGUAAAAAGUUACUAAGAAUGUCUUCCUUAGUGCCAGAGAGUGUAUUUGAAUUAGGAAUUGAGUUCUCUGAGGCCAACAAUGUGCUUCUCAUGUCUCUUAUGGAAGAAACACAAGAAGAUGAGUACUAUGGCGAUGAUAGACUUGUGAGUAUGAUUCAGUCAUUAGAGGCAGAGAUAAGUGUCCCUGUAUUGGGUCAAAUGUAUGAGAUGGGACACGUGGAUGAUCAAGGUUGCUCCACAUCAUCACUCAGUGGCCCUGAUCAUUGGGUUGAUAUUGCGUUGGUCUCUUCCUUACCCUUUGAUGAGAUGAAUCCAUGGAUCCCUUGUGGAGAUGAGAUGGAGCAUGUAGCAAUGGAAUAUGAAGAUGGAAAUGACAUUGAUGAUUUUCAUUUGUGUUAUGGAGUUUUCUUGGAGCAACAACAUAGAGAGACUUAUAUGUCACAAGGAGCCAGUGAUGCAGUAUUCUGAAAUUAAUUAAUAGUAAUAUUGUAUAAAGAAACAUAAGCAAUCACAAUAAUGUUUAAUUAAGUAGAGUUUACCAGG